AUGCUACCCAAGACCAGUGUACCCAAGCUGGGUGCUCUCCCAACAGCACGAGCAGCUUCGACUCGAGCUUCGAUGCAAGCCAGAAGUCAUGCAAGAGUCGCUUCCGCCCCCGCCUACGCUGCAAGACGACAGCAACAUUUCCUGAGAUCCCUGGCUGUCAUUACUGCAGCUGCCGGUAUUGCCACCGUCUCACAAUACUACCUCCACGACGGUCGCUUCCUCAGCACAGCACACGCCGAAGCCCCACCUGCCGCCGAGCAACCAGACAUCCAAUUCGAGAAGACUCGCAGACGUGGUGCCAACAAAGAGGAGGACAGAGAUCUCGCAAGCUCCCAACAUCUCCAGGUCAGAAAGUCAUGGGAGAAUCCUGGCGUCUACGCGUGCGGCUCCAAUGCUGGCAAGGUUGUUGCCCCCGAUUCAGAUGCCGCCUACAUCAAGACGCCUCGUCGCAUCAAGUUCUUUGACGGAAAGUUGCUUCGCGACAUUAAGCUGGACAAGAACUUUGGUGUUGCCAUAGACGAGCAGGGCAAUUUGUUACAGUGGGGCGUUGACUACUCCAAGGACACUACUCAGCCUACUGUAACCCUCAAGGGUAAGGAUCUGGUCUCAUUGGCAAUCUCCAAGGACCGUAUUCUUGGCCUAUCGUCUUCUGGAAGCGUCUACUCUCUGCCCGUCUCUGCUGCCGACCAGGCCUCAGGCACCAAGCCUAGCGAGAGCUCUUGGAUUCCUUUCUGGUCCUCGACUUCUCCCAUCAGCUACCGCACCAUUGUCCCUUCAGACAUGAGCUACAGUGAGAGGGUUUCGACCAUUGACAGUGGCCUGGAACACGCCUUGCUGCUCACCUCCAAGGGACGUCUUUUCUCCAUGGCAUCCGCAACCGACGCUUACCCUACUAGAGGUCAGCUCGGCGUUCCAGGCUUGUCUUGGGAUAACAAGCCCACUGGCCCUUACUACCAGCCUCACGAGUUGACCACUCUCAGAGGUUUCAACAUCUCGAAAAUUGCAUGCGGUGAUUAUCAUAGUAUUGUCGCUGACACCGAUGGUCGUGUCUUCGCAUUUGGCAACAACACUUCCGGACAGUUGGGCUUCGACUAUAACGUCGAGUCUGCUGUUGUUGACACGCCGUCGUUGUUGCCCCUUCAGAAGCUGUAUGCUGGAUCAUCGCAGACUCCUGUAGUAACAUCCGUGGCCGCUGGCGGUGCAAACUCUUUCUUGACCGUGGAUGCUACCAAAGUGGCAUCACGCAACUCCGACGGCAGAGGUGUUGGCAGAGUCACUGCUGACACUUUCGCAUGCGGUGCUGGUAUUUACGGUACGCUCGGAAACAACCGCUGGACUCACGUUCAAGGAACUCCUACCAAGAUUCCUUCGUUAUCGUCGCUCUUCGAGUACGACGAGAAAAACAACAUGGUUGUCCCCAUCAGAUUGGCUAGCAUGAGCGUUGGCAACAAGCACGUUGCAGCUGUCAUGGACAAUGUCGCACACACUGGAGCUCUGAACACAGAUGGUGAAACAUGGUGGGGAAGAGACAUCGUCUUCUGGGGCGGCAACGAGCAUUACCAGCUGGGAACUGGUAAGAGAAACAACGUUCCUACUCCUACAUACAUUCAACCUCUCGACCAGGCUGCAGAGCGUAAGGUCAGAGGCAAAGANGAGCACAGAUUCCAGAUAACACCUAGAAGUACUGUUCGCCUCCCCAACGGUAGGAAGGUCAGCAUCGAACAGCGCGUAGAAUGUGGUAGGGAUUGUACUGCUAUCUAUUCGGGUGUGUAA